CGGGAAAUCACCUCAGUCCGACUGCGACUCCAGUCCCGACCGGCAGCAGCCAGCAGUGCGUCAAAUCCUGUGUGUCGUCUUCGCGCUCCUAUUAUUAUUUGUGUGUCUUGUCGUGUCUGAUAUUAUAUUUUCCCUUUCGGAUGGGAAAGACGAAAGAUAAAACUUGUGUGUUUCCGCGUCUGUCUCUCUCGCAGCGCAGCAGCGCAGCAGCGCACAGCUGUCGCCCGCUAUUUUCCAUUUUGGUGUUGUCCACAACUGCUGCGCUGGGUUGUAGCAUCUCCACCGACUUUCACGUUUGCCUGAGUGCCAGCCAGAGUGUGUCGAACAGGCCCCGUGUGACUCUCUUCUCUUCUUUGCUGCCUGUUUGUUUGCCAAUAGGACGACGAAACAAGAAAAGCCAAAAGAUAAAAAGAAUUUUUUUUUUCACCGGGCUGUUUGAUUUUUGUUUUAAAUUUCAAAUCUAGCGCUCUUUUGGGAUUUGCCUUUUCAAUCUAUAAGGCUCUCAUCAUCGUCGUGAGAGACAGAGAACUCGAAAGGGUUCAAGUAGAUAGUUUUCCCUUCAUCAGAAGGAAUCUCGACAUUCCAAAAGGAAUUUUUUCCGGGUUUUUCUUUUUGUAUAUGUGGACGCUCCCUGGUGGCAGUUGUGGCACCCUGUGGCUUUUUGGACCCAAGCGGAUCGUGACAUCUUACACAACUCUCCAUCCUCGUUCCUUCGGUCUCUCCCGCGCUGCAGUUGCGCCGAUCCCCCGACCUCGUUGAGUGGCCCCUUUUCCCUUUUUUAUAUUUUCGAAAUGUUUUCUUCUUUCAUCUCGUAGGGGGAAUUCUUCUUAACGUUGACACGGCUGAGGUUAGGUCGACGAGUUUACCAGCAGACAAGGGGGGAGAAAAAAAAAAACAGUUAUACAUAUUACAUCAUCAAUCGUCCAAUUUUCGUCUGCUGCUCUUGACCGAACGCAAUAUCAACUAGAAAGACCUCCCCCAAGCAAAAAUCCCUACAAAAAAAAAAAAAAAAAAAAAAAAAAACAGAAAUCGAUUGGGAUCGAAAAAAAAAAAGUUUUUUAACAUUUUCUUUUUCCUCCUCUAUCCUAUACACGGGGUAGAACAUAAUUCUGGGCGGAUCAUUUGAGGUCGUCUAUAUUUUAACGAGUCGGCAGGCAUUUCACCGCCGACGACGUCGACUCUCUGCUCUGCUCUCCUCUAUAUACACACACACUCGACUCGACGAGCGACGAUCGAUCAAUCUGGAAAGCUCCAACAUCCAAAACCCAAGUUGGCGUGUUUCUCUCCCUUCUCCCUUCUCUCUCUCUCUCGGCGUGUUGUUUUUUUUUCUUUUGCCUUCGUGAGAGCGUGCGAGAUAUAUAACAGACAGCAGCAGCAGCACACGUGAGCGCUAGCUAUAUAAUAUGAAAAGAGCGCCAGCGCCAAAAGCCCAAAAGGUAAACUCGGCUGUGUGUAUCAUAACGACUUGCACUGUCUAGCAGAUAUAAUAAUAACCUAACGAGAAAGAGAGAGAGAGAAUCAAAAGUAAAAGAAAAGUCGUCGAAACACAGCAACUGGAAACUUUAUUCAUCGCUAUAGAUGAACAUCUUUGAUCUAGAUCGCACAAAAGCCAAGUUUUCAAGGGAACCGCCACAGAGUUUUCAGUUUAUUCGUCCCCUCUUAUUACCCAGCAAUCUCUCACGCGCCAAAGAAUAAUCUAACAACCCCAGCAGAUAUAUUGUACACACACGCAUAACAAAUGGAUAUGACUAAAUACUCCCUCAGCCUAUUAUUACUCUGACAAAUAGAGAAGAAGAGGCUUCUUUUGUCUCGCGUAUAAUAGACGGAAAGUGAAAUUGGAUGUUAUAACAAUCGACAAAAGGAGAGGCUAGCUAGCUAGUGUCUAUAGAGAGAAAGGAUGACAGCGGCAGCUUCCUCCGCCCAAAGGCUAAUAGGCCUAAGACUGCUGGCCGGCCGAGGCCCUGCCACUUAUUGGCCGUCGCUGGUUUUACCGCUGCUGGCCGUUUUGGCCCUGCUGCUAUGCUGGAAGCCGGCUGGCGCCAGUGAGUUCCCCGAACGGGAAUGCUGCGAUGACUUGAUCUUACUGCCGCCGGCCGUCGAUUCCGGACCCGACAUCCGGAAGACUGUGCCAUUGGGCGGUAAUGGCGGCGUCGGCGGGACGACGUCGUCCUCAUUCUCGACGGAAGUGCCGCCACACUCGUCGUCCGAGCAUCCGGACACGAGCAACUUCCUCUACCCGGAAUUCAUCCCCGAAUUGAGCCUGGACUUGGGAUACCCUCUGCCGCCUCCUCCGCUCCACCCCCAUCAUCAGCAUCCGCAUCCAGGAGCCCCGGAUGGAAGCAAUUACGUGCCGACGACGACCGGGACAGGUUUACAUCAAGGCCAACCAGCCAGCGCCAUACUCAACUGUCUACUAGCCCAUCAACUAUGCGCCGAGGACCCGUCGUGCAAGUCCAUCGAAACGGUGAUUCAGCACAUAUGCGGCCCGGAAACAGUGGCGUGCUCGACGACGACGGUGACUAAAUGUCAGGCCGGACUGAGGACCCUGCAAGCCUUUCCGGUCUUCCAUCCGACCUGCCUCUGCCGAGAGCCGUCCGUCGACCCGGAUUGCAACGCUUUUCGCGACUCCCUCUUCGACCACCCGUGCAUGGUGGCCACCCAGAAAGGUUUACAUCAAGGCCAACCAGCCAGCGCCAUACUCAACUGUCUACUAGCCCAUCAACUAUGCGCCGAGGACCCGUCGUGCAAGUCCAUCGAAACGGUGAUUCAGCACAUAUGCGGCCCGGAAACAGUGGCGUGCUCGACGACGACGGUGACUAAAUGUCAGGCCGGACUGAGGACCCUGCAAGCCUUUCCGGUCUUCCAUCCGACCUGCCUCUGCCGAGAGCCGUCCGUCGACCCGGAUUGCAACGCUUUCCGCGACUCCCUCUUCGACCACCCGUGCAUGGUGGCCACCCAGAAAGAGCGGGACCUGUACCCGAUCCACGCCCUGCCGACGUGCACUCACGCUCUCGACGUCUGCCAAAAGGAUCUGUCGUGCACGAGACUCUACAACGACUUCCGCGAGCACUGCAAACUGCGCUCGGGCGUCUGCCGCGAUAAGGAAACGUGCUACAAUGCUUGGCGGGGAUUGCGGAUGACUCCGCUGUUCGGCUGCUUCUGUCCCGGAAACGACCAGAAGAAAUGCGAGCGCAUCUACUCGUUUAUUUACAACAAUACGUGCGUCGGUUACCUUACCCCAAGUGGGCAUGUUAUUCGUAAUAGAUCCAAGUCGUCGGUCACGGCGACUCCUUUGAGCGACUCGACGACGACGUCGAGGGUCUAUGCUAGUCGUCGUCGUCGUAUGCGUCGAUAUCUUGUUAGAUAUCUGCCCCAUCACUUGACCCCACCACCCGCCAUCACCACCACCACCACCCACCUCCAUAACCAGUCCGCCCCGCAAUCUUCUUCUUUUUCUUCGUCAACUUCUUCCGUUGAUGACGGAGAUGAUAACGAGCUAGCACUUGAUACUACUACUACCAGCACUACUAACAGCCUCAUCACUACUACUGAUCCGCCCUCACUACUCCCGACCUCGACCGAUGUAAUUAGCACGAGCACUCCCCCCAUCACUACCACCACGCACGAGCACCACCUUGUCGGCACUACUUCUACCAGCACCAGCACCACCAGCACCACCGUAACUCCAGUACCUACCGCUCAUCAUCUUCUUCUGCGUGAAACGACUUCAUCGGCCGGCCGGCCGGCCGCAAUCUUCGUUGAGUAUAUCAAAUCUAGCCCGGCAAAUAAUAUCAGUAAGAAAAGAUAAAUAAUCCAGCGGAGUCAUUGUGUGUCGUGUGUGACGUCUUUGUGUCAAAUGAAUAUUACAUCAUUUUAAAUAGUUGACUAUAUAGUAAUAGUAUACACACAGAGGGGGGGGGGAAGUUUUUCAUUGUCUUCAAAGUUGACUCUAUAUAAAUGUGUACAAUAACAAUAGUAAACUUUGUCGGAAAUAUAAAGUUUCAAUUGCCAACUCACAAACUAUUCACUCGCUCCGGGCUACACUCACUGUGAUUGUAUACUGCGCAACAAUCCACCCAACCCCCCAGAAUUUUUAUUUUAUGUUAUUUUAGAUA